AUGAAAGUUUCUUACUCUGUGAUUCUCCUAGUAAUAGGAAUCUCUAUUGUCACAGCAUCAUAGAGCAUUUUGCAAAAGUUAAUCAAAACUUUACCUUAAUCUCAACAAGUGAUAAAAUCAUGCACAACAGCUAUUGACCGAUCAAAAGCUGCUCUUCCAAAUUACAAAAAUAUAGUUACUACUUAUGCAAACAUUUGGAAUGAUGCCACUUUCCCUGCUGAUAGAUCAUCAAUCUAAUGGUCUGGUAAAUACACAUACUAUGCUCUUGAUAGCUUCAUUGACAGUAAAUGGAAGAGACUAAACAAUCUAUGUCUUAAUUGCACACUAUUUGGCUCAGCAGAUUACUUAAGCGAUAUUGCCCAAGGUGCACUCGGAGACUGUUAUUUCUUAUCAACAGCCACUGCUUUUGCUGAGUUAAACUCAAGAUUUGAAAAAAUAUUUGUAAAUCCUCAAAAAAACUUGGCUGGUCUCUAUGCUUUUAAUGUGUUUAUCAGAGGUAUUCCUUAGAUUGUGAUAGUAGAUGACUCUAUCCCAGUUGGAGAGAACGGAAAGGAUCCAGUUUUUGCUGGAAUAGGAAACGAUAAUUCUAUAUGGGGGCCGCUUCUUGAAAAAGCAUGGGCCAAGACUAAUGCAAACUAUGAACGUAUUGAGGGUGGUAAUACAAAUGAGGCCCUUUGUUUUUUAUAAAACAUUCCUGCCACUCAAAUGCUAUUAGAAUAGUUUAACAAAGCUACUCUGUGGACCAAAAUUAGUGUAGCAGAUAGUAAAAACUGGAUAAUAACCCUCAAUACUCCAUAAUCAAGAAAUCAAAAUUAAGAUUUAUGUAAAUUUAACCUUGCAUGCGCUCAUUCGUAUUCAUUACUCUCAGUAAAAACAGUUUAUAAUAAGGAUAGAAGUUAGUAAGUCAACUUGUUCAAGAUUAGGAAUCCGUGGAGAAAAGAUAAAGAAUUUUAAGGAUCUUACAAGGAUGGCUCAUCUCUUUGGCUCACUGAAGGAGCAGACGGUAAAAACUAUGCUGAAUAAGCUGGCUUAGUUAUUGCUGAUGAUGGAGUUUUCUAUAUGACAAUGGAUGAAGUUUUGAUCACUUUUGUAUUAUUAGAGAUCGGUGAAUACUAAGAAAACUUUAUUACAUCUUGGUAUGAUAAGAGAAACGAUUUAACUUCAAAUGCUAAUUCCCCUUCUUUGUAUAAAUUCACCCUUACAGAAGCAACUCCUAUGUAUAUUAGAGCGAUUGCUUAUCCAUCAAGAAUGUAUCCAAUUUCUUGUAAAUCUGGCCAAGCGUAUUUAAGACUUGCACUAGAGGAUGCUUCUGGGAAAAGAAUCUCAUAAAUUUAUACCAAUGAAGAUUCCCUUUAAUUUAUUAGCUUAGUUGAUACCCCUCUUGCUGCUGGUAAUUAUACUUUGAAAUUCUACCCUGAGUGGACUACUAAUCACGUAAAAGAUUAUGGAAUUAUCAUCAAUGCUCCUAAGAAUAUUGUUAUAACUGAUAGUUUGAAUAGAACAAGCAGACUUACUGCUCAUGAUAUAAGUAGCAAAUAAUUGUAGUCUAAAGUAAGGGCUACCGUUUAACAAGGUAACAAUGAAACCAAAAGUACUAAUUAAACAAAAACAAUACUGCCAGAUAUUUCUAAAAACGAAUCUGCUUAUGAAUUGACAGGAAAUCUUGAUUAAGAUAUCGUCAAAAUCAGAAACUCUAUAUCUCUUAACAUUUCAAACGAGGAAAAUGGUCUCUACUUAUAGGGAAAGUAAUCAUCAUUCUCUGCUGGUAACGAUUAAUGUACAGUCAAGAAUAACAAUGCUACAGGAGAAGAUGAAAUCUCAUGUGGCUGCAUACUAGGGCCAGAUACCUAUCCAAAAGAAUGCCUACUCGUUCUUCUCACCGAAGUUGGAGAAGGAUAUGAAAGCUCUAUUUAAUUAAGCUCCUCAGAUUUAUGA